AGCAUGCUAGCAGCACAUAAAAAAGCAUACUAGCAGCACAUAAAAAGCAUACUUUGGCACACUUUUUCCAUGCCAUUGGCACAAUUUAAGUGUGCUUUUUCUAAAAGUAUGCUUUUCCGGGACAGUGAGUGCAACUUGCCUAAGAUAAAAUCAGCAGGCAAUUGCUUGAAAUGGCUAUGCAAUGUUUGACAUCAAUUCUAAUCGAUUCGGUUUAUCUGAAAUCAUGACGCUAUGCACAAAGAAGAAGAAGAACAUAGUUUUAUUACUAUGUUCGGAAUCCUCAUCAGUGUUUUUAAUAAAAAAAUUUACUAUGAUGAAUUUUUCCACUGUGGAAUUAACACCACAGUUAGAAUUUUAAAUUUAAUCAAAAUUUAUGCCACAAUCAUAGUUACAAUUAGUUACACAGUGAAAAAGUGAAAAUCACAAAGGAAAUCACAACAAACAAGUUUGCUUGUCUACUGUGCUAAUAAAAAUAAUACCUCAUACUAUACUAAUGUUUUUUUUCAGAUCUGGAACGUGUGUACCAGUAAUUUCGAUUAAGCGGGAAGAAGGGAGAAAUCCUCCUCGUUGUUUGAAAUGAAUUACUCACUUGAGAAAAAAAUUUGCUCACUCCGAAACGUUGAAGAUCUAAAAAUGAGAAAAAAGGUACUCAGAAAAUUUGUUGGAGUGGCUCAGUAAAACUCCCCCUCCCAUCCCCUUGCCAAAGUUAUAUGAAAACGCCGAUAUGCACUCUGUACACUUAGCGCCAAAAAAUAAGGUGCAUCGUGAUCACUCAGCUAAACAUUCUCGCUAAAGGUACUGAGUGUAAAAUGAUACGCUAGAAGUGACUAUGGUUAAAUGAUGAGAUCAUUAGUCAAAAUAUAGUGAUCAAUCGAAAUAUUAUAGAGACCGAUAAUGAAGCCCUUUUUUUCUCAAAUUUCUUUCCACCAACAGUUAAUCAGUUGGCUGGCAGGGUUGCCAAUUUUUAUAGUUUUUCUUUACUGAAAUCAGUUAAUGAUUUUGGGAUUAAUUUAUACUAAUUUUGAAAUAAAUAGUAUACCGAUUUGUUAGAAAAAUUUCAAGUUGACAACUCUGUUAAAAUAUAAGGUGAAUUCGAAAAAAAUCUUUUUGUGACUAAUAUCGAACAGAAUAGACGUAGUACUUGUUUUUUUUCGAGCAGAGUAGUUUGAGUUUUGUUUAAGGAAAUUUCCUUCACUGUAAUCGCAUUGAUUCUUGCUUAAAGCCGAAACAUUCAUUCAAUGACGCUGUUUAAUCAUAAAAUAAAAAGAUCUACAAGGAUCUGUUAAUGAUCUUAUGAGUCAUUGUCACCUAGAUAGAUAUUCACCAGGAGACAAGGCAUAUCUCCAAAACGUAGAAUCAAAUGGUCUAAUCAAUAUUCUUAAAUUAAUAAGUACGCCGAAGUAAUCUAAGAAUGAUAAUGACUAAUAUCAAAGAGAUUUGUUGUGCACAAGAUGUGUUCUGUAUGGCUAUAGACUGGAUAUCAGAUCAUGGUCUGCUCGAUUCUACCCCAGAUUAUGAUCCUGAUGAUAUAAGAUGUUUGGCAGAAUUUCCUCAUUCGUUUUAAGGAGAUUUUAAAGUCCCUUCUUUUUUGCUUUUCAUUUCUUUUUCUUUCUUUGAUGUAUGUUAUGAUUUGUUGUCCCCUUAGGACCGAAAGGUCAUGGAGUAGAAAUUUAUGCAAUACAUAAAAAAAAAAGAAGUAAUAAUGACUAAUCUAAGCGUUGACGCAAGGAGGGGCCCGCAUCUAUUUGCUUUUUGCACCAGGUUGUAAAGGAUACUACGCAGUAUAUAUUCCCAAAAGUUUUUCGGUUUCUGUUCUUGUAGCUUUUGUUAGAAAAUUUUCAAAGUUUUUUUCAACUUUCAGUAAAAACUUUCGUUUUUGCUAUGAAGAGUUGAUUUCAGGGUAGUUCGAUAGAAAACUUAACUAUCCAGUCUUGUGGCCUUGUCGGCUAUGAUAGGCUUGAAAAUAUUCAUCGUUCUUUUUAGCGUUUUCUUUGAACGUGAACGCUAAAACACGUUGACGUUCCCUGAACGUGAAAUUAUACUAGCGACGUUCAUCUUGUCUGGAAUUAAAAUUAUUUUGAGGUUAACGUAUGCAUAGAUUAAUUCUAUUCUCUGAACGUCAACAGUUGGAUUUAUAGAGCAAUAUUAAGUUUAAUCUAUUUAUAAACAACAUGAGUAAACAUUAUAGGCAAAUCGCAAAGCAUGGUACGCGAUCACCUGAAAGAGUAAUAUUCUUGCCAGACUUUAAUCAAUGUUCUAACAAGUACUAUACGUCUAUUAUAUUGUGCUUAUCAUUCUAUACUUUUAAAAUGAAAAAUGUAUGAUCGAUGGGAUUUCUGUUCGUUUUGACUACAUAUUUAUUACUAUCUGUUUCAAAAAUUCAGUGCACUGGCUCAUUUUUUUAAUAAGUUUUUAACAAAAUGAGAUAGAGACGUACACUUUCCAGCAAUCAAAAGAAGUCAGUUUAAGCUAUAUUUGCGCAAGCAAAAUCGUCUUUCAGAAACAUUGAGAAGGUCAGUUUUCUACAAGGUCUUUGGAAAACCAGCUCAGAUUUCUAGAAACCGCCAUAGUAAUCGAUUAUUUUUUUUCGUAGAUAGAUAGUUUGAAGUGUUCUCUACAAAAUAAGAUUUAUGCAAAAGUUUGGUUUUGCUUGGUUCGAGCGCUACGGACCUUUUUCUCGAAACCUUAGGACUUCUCUGUCGUUAGAUUUAGACUGUUAGAAAUGCAUGAAAACAUAGGUUAUCGACUAUGCUAAAUCUUGUGGCAACAUUUAUUUUUCAAAAAAAUUUCAAAAACCUGGUGAAAACGUAGAUUAGGAUGAAAUGUCCCAUUUCUGCCUAUUUUUGAGUAAAAUCAAAAAAUUUAUAACUCAGUCAAGAUUUAAUCAAAUUAUGUCAGAAUAUCAAGAUGUAUUCUAUUUUACAGUGGUUUAGUGUUCACGUUCAAGAAACGAAACGUGAACUUUAACUGGCCUAGGCUAUGAUCAGGUCCAUUGGCACUAAAUAUUACUUAUGCUUCUGAGCAUAAUACAAGUGUAACUAUGAAUUUAUUAAAUUCAGAUUAUGAAAAUUAAGUACAAUGUGAAAAGGAAAACGUUUAGAUUUGUUUCAUUUUUUCAUACUUCUUUCUCUCAGAAAACAUGAAUGUUUAUUAUUUGUUUUAUCACAAUGAUAAUGCGAAUGUUCUCUUCUUCACCUGUUCGUUUGUUAUUCUAAAUAAAUCUGUGGUCUAUAUAUGUCUACUUAAAACUUAUACGCAUAUUUUAUGCUCUUAUCUUUUCCUUUAUAGAUGAAAAUAGUAACAAUAUUAUUCGUUUUGUGUAGUCUUACUGGAAUUGUUUUUGGAGAAAUUAAAGAUGAUGAUCAAUUACAUAUUUCAUUGUCCACAUCGGGUGAGUACAAUAUUUCAAUUGGUAAUCGGCAAUGGUUACAAUCUAGUCGCACAGCAUUUUAUGCAAAUAAUUAUUGGUACUCAACAGAAAAUAAUACACUCACACUAAUUCGUACAUCAAUGUUAAGUGGGCAAGAUGAAUUUGGAAAUUGGCAAGAUAUGAUUUAUUUAUGGAAAUUAUCAUCUGUAAACAUCACAACACGCAUUCGAACAUAUCUUAAUCAACAAUUUAUUUUAUUUUAUCAAGAUUUUAAUCAAGAAUUAUCUAGUGGAACAAUGCAACUAGGCAUGGAUUUAGUUCGAACAGUAUUUCCAUCGUUUAUGAUACAAUCAAAUGACAUUAAACGAGGAUAUAUUUCAUACGGAGGUAUGAUGUUUGGUGAUACAGAAAAACAUGCUGGUAAAUGGGAUACAACGACAGCAUUCAUCAAAGAUGGUAUUAGUGGUGGUCCACUCGUGAUAUUUGAUCAACAAAAUCAUGUUCUUGUAUUAUCAUCAUUCAGUGAAUUUAUGUCAACAUCAUUAAGUCAUCGUGGUAUGGCAGGUGGUUCCAUUGAAUUUGGUGUAAUGGGCUCGAUUGAUCCAAUACCAAGUAAUUACACCAAUUCAUUUAUUAUCUACUAUGGUAAUAAUGGAAUUAAUGAUGCUGUUCAUAAUUGGGGUUUAACAUUGAGAAAAUAUUAUAAUAAAACUGACGACGAUAGACUAAAUGAUGUGACCAUUAAUUAUUUAGGCUAUUAUACAGACAAUGGUGCUUAUUAUUAUUAUCAUACAGAACUGAAUUUGAAUUAUCAACAGACAAUAUUGGCUCUAUCAAAACAUAUUCAUGAAAUUGGCUUACCAGUGAGAUAUUUUCAAUAUGAUUCAUGGUUCUAUUAUAAGGGUAUCGGAGAUGGUGUCAGUGAAUGGGAAUCUCGUCCAGAUAUUUUUCCUGAUGGCAUGGCUCAACUUAAUAAUAAGGUUCAAUUACCUAUUGGUGCUCAUAAUCGAUAUUGGGCAUCGAAUACAACCUAUGCCAAAGAUAAUGGUGGAAAAUAUGAUUUUUUAAUCGAUAAAAUAAAUCAAAAAUCUCUUCCAGUUGGUAAUGAUUCCUUUUGGACAGAUUUAUUUUAUACUGCACGUACAAAAUGGGGUUUAGUAAUGUAUGAACAAGAUUGGAUGAAUCAUCAGACAAUUGAUUUUAAUUAUUUAAGAGUAGAUGCUCGUUUAGGUAGACAAUGGUUAAUGUCAAUGGGUAAAGCAGCUGACGAACAAAACUUAAAUAUUCAAUAUUGUAUGUCAUUGUCACGACAUGCUUUACAAUCUGUAGAAAUUCCACGUGUUACACAAGCAAGAGUAUCAGACGAUUAUUAUGUGCAUUUAGUUGACCAUCGUCCACAAUGGAAGAUUGGCAUUACAUCAAUGUUUGCUCAUGCACUUGGCAUUGCUCCCUAUAAAGAUGUCUUUUGGUCAACAUCUGAACAACCACAAAAUCCUUAUAAAAAUGCUUCUGAACCAAAUCCUGAUUUACAAAUUCUAAUAUCAACAUUAUCAAUGGGUCCUGUAACUCCAGGUGAUCGUAUAGGUUAUUUCGAUGUUGACAGAAUUAUGAAAUGUUGUAAUGAAGAUGGUCUAAUAUUAAAACCAAAUCGUCCAUUGACUAUGAUUGAUAAACUGUUACAAGAUUGGUCUAUGAAUGAUGGAACAUCGCAAGGUGAAUUGUAUUCUACAUAUUCAACCGUUGGUCCAGAUGAUUCACCAUAUCGAUUUUAUAUAUUAUUUGCCAGUAAUAUGAAAUCGAAUUAUGACAUAUAUCCACAAGAUUUGGGAAUUUCAGUACCUUAUCUAUCAUUAUCUUAUGUGGCAUGGUCAUGGAAUAAUCCAUUUGAACUCAUCAAAUUCAAUUCAAAUAAUUCAUUAUCGAUAACAAAAAACGCGUGUGGUACAAAUGAUCAAAAUUCAUUUUGUCUAUGGUAUAUAUCACCGGUGUUUCAAUUCUCUCAACCAUCGGUAUCCUCAUAUUCAUUAUUAGGUGAAUUGAAUAAAUGGGUACCUGUAUCAAAACAACGAUUUGAAUCCUUAGAAGUACCAAAAUCAAAUGAUCGUAUUACAUUUAAUGUACGAGGUUCAUCAUUAGAAUAUACACAAUUUUUAGUUUAUUCAGAAUCAUUAGGCGGUGUUAUUAUUUUACCAUGUCAAUUAUCAUCAGAUGGAAAUGGUCAAAUUGUUAUCACAACACAAAGUGCUAUUUGUUUGCCAUCUUAG